ACGCCAGUCGUGAGCAGGACACAGAGUGGGACGGAAUGCGUGAGUACUUGAGCCACAGGACUUACCGAUCGAGGCGACGUCCGGAACAGAAGAGGAAGACAAGGUCCUCCACCCCUGCCGUUCGUGUCGCGUCCCCUGGUACUGCAGCCGCGACUGCGAGCGCCUUGCCUCCGACCGCCACGCCGACGAGUGUCCUCACCUGAAGCGCGUCUCCCCGGCGGUGCCUCCGGAUUUCGUCAGGCUGAUCGCCCGCAUCAUCUUCAGGCUGAAGGCUGGCGGCGAGAAAGUCGUCGAGAAGUUCAGCGAGAAGGAAGGUCGUCGAUUCAAAGACCUCAUGAGUCACUACGGUGACAUCAAGGAUAACGCCGAUUGCGCCGAGGACCUCGACUUCGUGAUCGGCGAACUGAAGGAUUACAUCGGCGAGGAUAACAUUCCGAAUCAUUCCGACUUUCUUGGAAUUUACGGCCGGAUAAUAGUGAACCGGUUCUGCCUCCUGAGCAACACGAUGGUGAGCGUGGGCUCUGCCAUCUACCUCGCGGCCUCCGUCCUCGACCACAGCUGCACGCCCACCUGCAGCUUCUACUUCUCCGGGCGGAACGUGCAUAUCCGCUCGCUCGUCGAUGUCGAGGAUUUCAACUUCGAGAGGUGUCGCAUCAGCUACGUGGACCCUGUGUCAAGUGCCAUCAGCCGCCGAGAAGAACUGUACAAAAAGUGGUUCUUUUGGUGCGACUGCAACCUGUGUGGUGAUGCCGAGAGAAAGUCCCUUGAGACAUCGAUGAAGUGUGAGGAAUGCCAAUCACCAGUGUACGUACCCGAGAAGGAAGACCCGAGAUACCCGACGACGCCCACAUGUACCCGCUGCGGAUUGGCUGUGGAUCCCGUGGUCGAGCGCCGUUACAAGGACCUGUUCAACUUCACCAAGAGGAAACUUCACGCCAUGGCCUCCGACGACCCUGACAUAGAGAUGUGUGUAGAGCUUCUGAAACGCCAAGACGAACUUUUCCACCCCAUGAACGUGUGGAGAGUCAAGACAUUGGACUAUACUUUCAACGCUGCAGUUUUUGGCGGUUGCUGGAGCCUCGUGUACGAAUUCGGCGCCAAGAACCUCGAGGGGAUGAGGUAUUAUUACGGCUCAGAGCACCCCGUCUUCGCCCUGUUCCUCCUGAAACUGGGGAAAGCGAAGAUCUACCUGAAGCUUUUCCGAGAGGGACUGCAGCACCUAGAGGAAGCGGAACCCGUGCUGAGGAGAGCCUACGGAAGCACCCAUUACUUGAUCACGGAGGAGCUGUGUCCUCUGAGUCUGCUGGCGAACGAGGACAUUGAGAUCGCCCUCGAGAGACGUCUUCGGGCCUGGAAGAAGCGCGAGGAGGUCGAGGAAGCCAAGAGGCUGGAGAAGAAGCUGCAGGAUUUUCUCGAAAUCGGCACGCGAUCAGGGACGCAGCGUUUCCGAGGGUCGCUGUCCUAAGCUUCACUUCUUCUCGUGUUUUAGUCGUUUCGGGGGUCGUUGUAACCCCCCCAUUUAGUUUCAUAGUCUCGUUGCCGUAGUCCUCCCUCUAACCGCAUCGGAGGUCGUUGUUAUAGUACCCCCCUUUAAGUCGUAUCGAGGCUCGUUUUCACAAUGUUCGUCCCCCAGCAGCUUAUCGGGGGGUCUUUGUUAUAGUCCCCCCUUUAAACACACCGAAACUCCGUUUUUUCUCUUCGACAAGACGGCUAUUUUUUAUACACACUCUCCCUAAACAUUGCCGAAUCGGAUUAUGUAACUGGGAAUAAAAAUCGUCUUUCAUUCGUGUUAAGUAAGAAAAAAA